AUGUCUUUGUUGGACUUUUCACCAUACGGUGGGCCCUCGGAGGAGUGGCUUGCCGUCGAGAAGACGCUCCCUGCGACUAGAUUUGACACGUCCAUCGAUCCUGUCGUGCUGAGAGAAACGGUCAACAAAGAAAGGGAGGAAAGGGCUGCAGGGGCUAUGAAGCUGUUGGCAGCUCAGGUCCAUGUGAAGGAUUACAAAAUCCCGACUCGUGAUGGGUCUUCAAUCGAAGCUCGGACCUACCGGUCCGUGAAGAAAGACGGCUCUGAGAAGCUUCCGGUGUAUUUGUACUUCCACGGGGGAGGCUUCAUCUUCGGCACCCUUGGCAGCGAGGACCCACUGUGUGCGCAGACUGCCAUCAAUACCGGGGUGGUGGUACUGAACGUCAACUAUCGGCACACGCCCGAACACGUCUUCCCCACUGCGCAUCUCGAUACACAUGAUGCAUUUGUAUGGCUACACAAGAAUAUCGAUACCAUCGGCGGCGACCCUUUGAGGGUUGUGGUUGGUGGUAUCUCCGCAGGUGGCCAGUUAGCAGCUUCCCUCACCCUUGAGCAGCAUCUCGGUGUAGCUGAAGAACUGAAGGGCCUGCCAACGGUUGCUGGUCAGAUUCUUGUGAUUCCAUGUCUCGCCUUUCCGAACACAUACGACCAAGGACCCGGAAAGAAGUUGAAGUCGUCGUCUUAUGUGGAGAAUGAGCAUGCUCCCCUGCUGCCGAAGAAGAUUGUUGAGUUUUUCACAGAUCUGCAAAAGAUCGGGAUGCCGGACUUGAAAGACACAAAGGUCAAUAUUGUCAACGCGACGGAGGAGGAGGUCAAAGGUCUGCCGCCCACAGUCAUUGGAGUGGCUGGUCUUGACCCGCUACGCGACGAGGCACUGCUUUACGCGAAGCUGCUCUCAGAGGCGAAUGUCCCGACAGAAACUCGAUUGUUCAGGGGCGUGCCACAUGGACACAGGCGGUUUGGCAAGGAGUUGAAGGCGUCGGAGCAUUGGGACCAGUGCGUGGAGGAAGGUAUACUGUGGGUCCUGUCAAAGCCGGAAGCGACUGGAAAGUUUGAAGUCAAACUGCCUUGA